CUCACCCGUUCGCUCUCUCUCCCCCACUGCUCACCAUCAUCCACCCCUCGAGCUCAGCGUCGCCGCCGUGACGCAUCAUGGCUUCAUCAUCCAAGAUAGCUGCCACGAUGGUGGGGUCUUCGUCGUCUAGAGACGUCACGACCCAAAGGAACCUCCUUGAGCACGUCAACGACCUGCGAAGGUACGCCAAUUUGGAAACGCUCAACGACUUUGUCGCCAACGGAGGACAUGGCUGGCUUGAGGCUAUGGUGGAUCACGCGAAAGUCUCUUACAAGCACUACAAAGAGUCGGAAGAGGAUGACACGAUCACUGGCAACGUGCAUCAAAUGGCCGGCGAUCUGCUCAAGACGCCCUCUCGUAAAAAAGGCAUUGCCCACAAGACGAAGAAACCGGCCACGAAGAAACAAGGAAACAAGCCUAGAGAACCGUCACCAGAUCCCUUUGGAGGUGACGACGUGGGAAGGGUGCCACUGGUAGCCGAUAACAACAAAGAAAACACCAACGGACGACAGGCCUCCUCCUCUGACAACAACAACAGCAGCAGCAGUGGACUACUCCGCUCGACCAGAAGUAGAGCGGAUAAGAGCCAGUUGAUAGAGAAGCUUCCCAAUCCUUUCCAAAAACGGGUCCUCGAGGCAAAAGAGAACGCAAAGAAGGCAUCAACGAAGGUCAAGUCCUCCGAUGUGACAGAAGAAGGCUCUCCCGUCUCAGCUGCUGGUCCCUCACAAGUAAAGAAACAAGGUAAAACCACCACAGGGAAGGCAACAGCUAAACAGACAGCUCGGAACGCUAGUACUGCAAAGAAGACAGGCCAGAGCAAACCGGCUGAGGCUUCUUCCAAGGCAAGCGCGGUUCAGGAGGCCUCUUUUGCGUCGACUGCCUUUGUCUCCGCGACGGAUGGUGCCGGCAACGAAGAAAAUGGCAUCCAUUUCGAAGAGAGCAGGGAAGACUUUGAUGAGGGGAAAGCUACGCCUUCCAUGGAGGUCGAGGAGGGCGACGAGCCGAGAGAGUCUACGCCUCCCCCGCAAAGCCCCACCAAGGCCGAGCGCGACAAUGCGUCUUUCCAGGCCAGGCUAAAGCUUGAGGAGAGUUUGGCUCGGUUGACUGGCCAUGGCGACGACGAGUUUUGCGGGAGCGAAGAUGAGGAAAACGAAGAUGAUGCUCCAGCAGAAGACGAAGAUAGCGCGCGGACAAAAGUGGGCGCACAUCGUGACUUCGAAGACCAGGAGACUCUUGAGAUCCAAAUCAAGGGCGAAGUGGCGCAGUCGCCGCCCUCUUCCGACGUCAGGCCUAGUGAUGCAAGACCACCAUCUGUCGAUCAUACGAACAAGCAAGACUCGAAUUCGGUCCCAGCCUCUGACGACUCCGCGUCGACCCGUCCCGUCGUGUCGAUGAUGGAGGACCUUGGUCUGGGCAAGCCUUUGAGUACAACUUUGACUUCGACGAAACGCGCCCUCUCUUCUUUCUCCACGACGAAAAGGGCAAACGUGGUCGCAACAGCACCGGAGCCCGCGACAAUGGCGACGACUAUAAAGUCUAGCUUCCUCUCCAAGAGUCUCAGGAUGGCAUCAAGCGAGAAUAGCCUCGAGGAAGAGAAGUCGAGUGGUCCGCAGGAGGAUCGUAAAGAGCCAUCAAACAGUGAAGCGGGAACGGCUGCGCCUUCUCCCGCCCCUCGAUCUCCGCCCAGCUCUGAAGUCCCUGCCGAAUCGUCAUCGUCUUCAUCAUCAUCAUCGUCAAGAAAGCGAAAGAACAGCGUCGUGGAGGUCGAUAACGCAACCAAGACCUCAUCGCCCGAGAAGACGCCAACAGACGCUUCUAGCAAAGCGCGGAAGGUGUCUCCACAGACCAGCUCGGCCAAGGAGGCUCAGACAAGUCAGCAGUCAGCGAAGGCCACCCUUGCCAGCCUGCGUUCCCAGAUCGAGACCUACUCAAAGCCGGCGUCGCAGAAGUCGACGACAAAUGCGGUUGGCCUCGGGCAGAAGGGAUGGACCAGCCCGGUCUUGGGCCGCUUUGCCUCGCAGAUGAGCAGCAGGUUGCCCAAGUCGCCAACAAAGGCCAAAGGUGCGGUCCCUGGCAGCGAGGCCGGCCAAUUGAAACUUCCUGCUUCACCUGGAAAGAACGCAGCAACAUCGACAGCAACAGCGCGCUCAUCGCCGGCAAAGCCUUCGCGCUUACCUCUUGCCUCAACGACGCCAGCGAAUUCGCCAGGUCCCAAGGCGGUAGCCCAGCCAAGAGCAGCUGUCGAUCCUUCUCCUUCAAAAUCGCUGUCUCCUGAUAAGGGACCCUCCAACAGUCGCGUCAGAGAGGAGCCAGACGCGAAAGAUAAGGUGUCUGAUGGCCCAGAGGAAGAGGACAAUCUUGAAGAUGAUGUGUCGACCGACUCAGGAGAGGAGAGCAGCAGCGCCGAUGACGAAAGGUCCGAAGGUGAUCUUUUGCUGGAGGAGAUUGCUGCCAGCUCCACAAGGCCUCUGCAGCAACAGCAGCAGCACUCGCAGACGAGGCCUAGCAACAAUCCGCGACCUCCAGGGGCUUCGAUGAUUCGGCCGAUGGCGGCAAUGCCAAGAAAUGCAGCUCAGAGCUCUCAUACGAUCAAGUUACCGUCCAAAAUGGCGCCUUCCACAUUGCCUCCGUCGUCUAGCACGAGCCAGGCCAACAGCGGUUGGCUGGGCAAGGUCAAGAGCUUCAUCGGAUUGCCUCCGGGGAUUCCGGUACCUGUUUCAUCUGCGUCCGGCGACCAAUCGAGCUCGUCGACCCAAACAACUUCGUCGCAGCCUCACUCGAUCUCGAGCAGUUCUGGCUUCGUCCCGAAAACGAUUCACAACAGCGCCGGGGCAAAGGCUGGGAUGUCGAAGCCUGCCGAACUCCCGCGACCAGCGUCAGCCCUUAAUACCUCGCACACCUCGUCGAGCAAGCCUCAGAGUGUCAUCAGGGCCGAAGCGGCGCGAAAGAAGGAGACGGAGAAGGCACGCGAGAGGGAAGAGCGGCUCAAGCAGAUCCAGGCGCAGAGGGAGGCGAGAGAGGCGGCCGCUAGCAAUACGGGCAAACGUGAACGAGAAGAAACCAAGCCAAAAGCGACAGCCCCUGCUCAGCAGCGCCCGGCUGUCAAUGCCAGCAACAAUGCUGAGACGGCAGGUAAUAAGAAGCGCAAGUCGAAUGAAGGUGCAGCCGUGCCUGUCAAGGCUGCUGCUCAGCUAUCCGCUUCCACAACGAACCAUAAACUUGGAAAGCCACCAAGCCAGCAAAAUCUUCGUCUCGGCCAGCCCAGCGCCAGCGCACGUCCCAUGAUGCCGUCGAAGCCUGCCUCUCAACAGGCCCAGAGUACAAAGUCGAGCCAACAGCAGGCAGUCUUUUCGAACCAGAAUGUGUUCCAGAUGGCAAAAGCGUCUACCUCUACGACAACCAACCUUGUACGCCCCGCCAGCCAACAAGUAACCCAAGCUCAUGGCCAGCCGCAACGCCAAGGAACGGGUAGUCGUGUCGUGCAACCUGCUCAAGCGCAGGGCUCGCAGCCAAAGAAGCCACAGAAGCCACAGAAGGAGGAAUACAUCGAGUUGGAGGAACCGCCGUCCGAAUACAGCGACUCGGAAGAUGAGGCGACGAUUGCGCGCCGAGCCAAGCACAAGCCGUGGGAGACGCGAGAGGGCCUCGAAGCCGCGCUGCUUCAGCAGGCCGAUAUCGACGCCGAUGAAAUUUUUGGCGUUCCGCAGGGCAAUGUGCCCCUCGAAGAGAUGAUUCCUCCUCAAUCGGAACACGAAGCUAGGGCAAGGAGGAGGCCCAGGAGCUCGAGUGCGAACUGGUCUGGCAAGGACGGCCUGCAGCAGUAUGAGAUUGAUCGCUACAACAAGAGGCUGGGCAUCGUGACUGGAUCAACGCCGGCAUUAGCGUCUUCGUCGGUGAAGUCGCCCGUGAGGACUAGCAGCUUAGCGCAGGACGCCAGGAUGCAAGCCAGGCAGGGUUGACUUGUCUUUCAGCAACAAUGAUUUCUCCGCUCCUUCCAUUGACAACGACCUUGCUAUUGUUCUUACACUCAUACAUGUACUACCCCAUUGUCUCGCGUAUACUCAUGCAAUUGCUGAUUCUGCUCUCUUCGAUUACCA